CUCAGGUGUGUAUGUCUGUGAGUGUGGGUGGCCCCAGUACCUGGCCAAGCCCACUCCCUCCACCUGGGCUCCCAUCUUCAACAUGUGUAUCCCUCUCAUCUGCCCUGGAACCUGGACAACCAUGCCAAGCUGCCCCUGAGAGCUCUAGGAAGCUGAUCACUAACUUUGCAGACGGAUGAGCCCUGAGCAGCCAGAAGAGACUGGGCUCUCAACGCUGCCCCCUGUCCUGCCUUACCAGCUUGGAUCCCUCAAGGGGAUCCUUCUAGGCUCCAGACUGGACCCCUGACUAUGGAAGCCUGAAGUGACCCUGACUUCCAGAGCUCAGUGGCAGACCCCGCCGGCACCCCAGGCCCCUCCUGCCCCUCCCACAGCCGGCGGUCGCGCUCCCAGAGGGAGGGGUGGGGAGGGCACCCUGGUCUCGCCCGGCCAGGCGCUUCCAUCAUGAUGCUCAACUCCGACAGCAUGGAGCUGGACCUGCCUCCCAGCCACUCUGAGACCGAGUCGGGUUUCAGUGACUGUGGGGGCGGGGCGGGGCCCGACGGGGCGGGGCCUGGGGGUCCAGGAGAUGGCCCGGCCCGGGGCUCGGAGCCUGGGGAGCCCGGCCGGAAAGACCUGCAGCACCUGAGCCGCGAGGAGCGGCGGCGCCGGCGCAGGGCCACGGCCAAAUACCGCACGGCGCACGCCACUCGCGAGCGCAUCCGCGUGGAGGCCUUCAACCUGGCCUUCGCGGAGCUGCGCAAACUGCUCCCCACGCUGCCCCCAGACAAGAAGCUCUCCAAGAUCGAGAUUCUGCGCCUCGCCAUCUGCUACAUCUCCUACCUGAACCACGUGCUGGACGUUUGA